AUGAGUCACCUGCUCAGAACUGAACGUAGCUCAGGACCCAAGGAAGCAGCAAAGGAAACCCAGGGGCACUCACAGCUCCAUUUCAGUAACCCUGCAGGAAAUCAGCUGAUGGAGCUCAGCCUUCAUAAUGCUUCCCAGAAACAUCUCAGGAUUGACAGGCACAGCCACUGCAAAAAAUUUUUGUCACCUCCAGAGAAGCUCAUCUCUGGGAUCCUGGGCAUUGUCUGGUUUGCUUUAUUGGUCACCUUGGUGAUAAUGACCAGAAUUGUCUUUCCAUAUAAUAAGCUUUCUUCAUCACACCUUUGUGGUUCUUGUCCAAAGGAGUGGAUGUCAUAUUCCCACAGUUGUUAUUACAUUAGUGUGGAGAAAAAAAAUUGGGCUGACAGUUUGGUGUCCUGCAAAGCCAAAAAUUCUAGUCUGCUUUACAUAGAUAAUGAAGAGGAACAGAACUUUCUGCAAUCCCUCUCACUGAUCACAUGGACUGGAGUCUUUCGGGAAAGCAGAGAUCAACCCUGGGUUUUGAAAAAAGACUCAACUUUCACACCAAGGAUAACAGAACUUUUCCAUGGUGAACAUAACUGUGUCAUGCUUUCAACCUCUGGCCUCCCAGCAGAUGACUGUGCAGUUUUGCAUACAUAUCUUUGUAAGCAAAAGCUCACCAACUAAAAACCCUGUAUUGGAGUCUUUCAGGGCUCCAGGGACUGUGGAAAAUGAGACAGAAAGAGUGUAAGAGCCAGAGGGAAAUGAAGGACACCAGGGAACCAAAUCCUUCCAGACACAACAGCACUUGCACACAGAUGAACUCACAGAGACUGUGGCAGCAUGCACAGGAUCUGCAUGUGUCUGCACCAGAUGGAGUCCAAAAACUGAAGAGAGAAGUGGACACCUGAACUCCUAGCUAACACACAGGCUAACUACAAUCAGUGGUCACAUGCAAAUGAAAAUUUAAUUUUCUCCAAGAGUGUCACGCUGAAGAAAUAAAGCAUUCUUAAUGGUAGGGCCCAUAAUCAGGUGUCAAUUGACAACACAAAACAAACUCAAUGGCAUCUUUGGAGAUUCCUUAUCUCAUAAUUUUAAGUCAGGUUACUUUGUUUUAUAACUUAAAGAUUCUUUGCGUAUCUAUUAUAACUUACAGUUUUGGAUUUUAAGGGAUUCCUGUGUGAGAAUGUAUGUGUCUCUGCAUCUAUAUGCAUUUCUUAUGCUUUUACUUUGAUACUUUCUCUUGUUCAGUUCUUUUCUCAUAUUACAAUUUGUUUUCUUUUGAUUUAUAUUAUAUUAUUACUACUUAGGUGCCUGGUUGUUUUCUAAUGAGAGAAAAAUAGGGUAUGGAUUCAGAUGGAAGGGGAGGUGUGUAGGAACUGGAAGAAGUAGAGAGAGGAAAAACUACAAUCAGAAUAUAUUAUAUAAAAAUAUUUUUCUGUAAAAGAGAAAAUUCAAAUAAGAAUCUUUUGAAAGAGGAAGCUUGGUGAUUAAUCCUCUCUCACCUUUUUAGAACACAUAGCAAUUCUUGUAAGGUACUCAGUAAAUGACACACUACAAGAUACGCUUAGUUGACCACUAUGUCCUUUCAACAAGACCACAAAGUGACCUACAUUGUAAAGAUGUGAUGAUAAAAAACCGAUUUCAAAAUCAGUCAGAGAUGAGAAUUUCCUGUUCAGCCUUCAGAGACACAUUAAUGAGAAAUCUACUUCUCCACUCAUGACUCACCCUGAGCCUCAUAGGACAGCCUGCUUUGUUCACUGUCACAGUUUGUUACUCAGCUCCCACAGGACUCCUGUGAGUUCCUCACCUCAAUACAGGAGGUCUUUCUGGCAAGAGAGGAAGGUUGCUCUUUAGACUGUAGAGGGAAGGAGAGGAGAGUGGGGGGAGGGAGAGGGAAAUGGGAGGUGGGGACGAGGUGGAAAUUCUUUAAAAAAAAAUUUAAAAAAGAAUCCUGAGUUAAUAGACCAAGCAGUAUUGAAAAAAAAAGAAUUUGUAGCUGAAAAAUACAACCUAUGACAGUAAACAGCACUCAUGUCUCACUGAAGUAGAGAAAAUCUAGCAGUGAAUAGGACAAAUAAAAAAUCUUCAAAAACUUAAAAUGGCAAUAACUUGAUAUUAAUAUGUAAAGCAGAAAACAGGAUUUUGAAUAAAAGAUCAAUUAUAUAAAAAAUAAAAAGGAGAGGGAGGUUGUCACUGCUUCCUUGUCUUCACCAGCCCAUUCAGUCCAGGGGACACUGAAGUGCUCCAUGUAGAGCCACUGAGGCACAGUUCUGAAGCAGGGAAUCAAACUGGAGCAUGGGUGCCUUUAAGCUCCUCAGGGACAUCCAGCUCAUGGAACACACUGGAGGAUUGUCUCAAAGUUCUGUCCUUGCUGUCUGUGGAGAGUUAGCCACCUACUCGUGGUGCAGGAGAAUUGUCUGUAUUCUGUCAAUCAUGUUUUAAAUAAACGCUGAUUGGCUAGGCAGGAGGUAAAGGUGGGAAAAUCAGACAGGAAGUAGAAAUGAUGU